AAAAAAAAGUAAAAGAUUUAGCACUCUAUUCUCUGUCAACAGAGCAUUAGCGAUUCCGUAAACAGAUUCGCUCGCGUCCUGUCUGCAUAAGUCGUGUCACGUCGCGCCGUACGGUGCCACACGUGACGAGUUGAAUCGUUGAUCCACCUCAUCUCCAACAAUGGAGUCGCUGCCGGAGGACGUCCUCCUGGAGAUCUUCUCCCGCCUGCCGGCCAGGUCGGCCGCCCGGCUCCGCGCCAUGUCGCGCUCGUGGCGCGCCGAGCUCUCGUCGCCGUCCUUCGUCGACCUCCACCUCCGGCGAGCCAACACGACGGCGCCGCCCAAGCUCUUCUGCUGCCCUUGCGACGACAAGCUUAUGCUCGCCGAUCAGUGGUGCCUGUACGAUCUGCAGCUCGGCGGCGGCCCUGGGAGGGAGCUCGUGCGCGGCGGCGAGUUCGGCGACGUGUUGCCUGCUCCUCUCACCAAGCCUCUCCGUGGCCUCGUCUUGGUCAUGUGCUACGGCAGGAACGGCGUCUACGUCUGCAACCCUUCCACCGGCGGCGAGGCGCUCGCCCUCCCCGACACCGAGCUGCCGUCGAAGGCGACGUUCCGGCCGUCGUUGGGACCCGGGCCACCGUACUACCGCAACGUCGCGUACGGCCUCGGUUACUGCUCGGCGGCGAAGGAGUUCAAGGUCGUCCGCAUGUUCAGCGAGGGCCACUACGAGGAGACGGCGACAAGAUGCGAGGUGUUCGUCCUCGACUCGCCGGCGUACUGGAGACCUGCCGCCGGGAAGCCGCCUCCGGCGUGCAUCGUCGAGAACACCGGCGUGUUCUUGGACAGGUCCGUGCACUUCCUCUGCAGUGACGGUGGUGGUAUGGUCAGUUUCAACGUCGCCGAUGAGAGCUUCGGCUCGCUGCCGGCGCCGCCGCCGUUGGCGGCGGCGGUGUACGGUGUGGCGGAUUGGCGGAUAAGGGAGAGGAUGACGGAGCUGGACGGGUGCUUAUGCGUGUGCCAAUAUGCUUGUGGAAGCGAUGGCCAUGGGCCUUGUCGUCUAUGGCUGCUCCGGCGGCACGGUGGCGGCGACGAGACGGCGGCGCGGUGGGAGAAGCUCUGCUGCAUCGACCCGAUCCCAUGGCCUUCGCGCUCGAUCGUGCCGCUAUGCAUGUACGGGGAGAAGAUCUUGAUGCGGACGGGGCGAAGCGUGGUGUUCGCCGUGGACGCCGCCGCCUGCGGCGGCGGCGCACCGGAGAUCCUGUUCCGGCCGGACGAGCACGAGGCCACCGCCGGCGAGUUCGAGGACACGCAGUUACCGGCGCUAGGCCUGUACGAGGAGAGCCUCGUGCCCGUGGGCCGCACCGUCGAGGAGAUCGUCUUCUCGUCGCCGGCGACCAGGGCUUGGUCCGACGUCCUCAAGUGGCUGCCGGCGAGGACGGUGUCGGAGCUCAGCGUCGUGUGCAAGGCGUGGCGCGCCAUGGUCACCACCGACCGCUUCAUCCGCUCGCACGCCGUCCACGCCAACAUGGCGGCGAGAAGACCGCGGAUCAGGUUCGUCAUGGACCCCGUCGGCGGUGUACCCGCCGACAUUGAUCGUCACACUGACGAGAUUCACGAGCCAGACAUCUCCCCCAAGCCGUUCGUCUGCUCCCAGCCCUGCCAUGGCCUCAACGUCGGCAGCUUCUCCGACGUCCUCGAUUUCGUCUGCAACCCCAUCAUGGACUACCACGAGGAACUUCCACUAAUCGAAAGCGACGACGACUAUGACGACGACGGCGACGACGACAUCUUCUACGGCCGCAUCGCGCUGGGGUACGACGAGGAGGUAGGCGACCACGUGGUGGUGCGCCUCGCCUACACGGAGAACAACCCGGAGACGCGGAGCUACAAGCUGCAGCCGCAUGCGCUACGUCAAACGGCGGGAGUGGUCUCCCCAACCAAUCCCGCCGCCGCGGCGGCCGGUGGCCUCCGCGACGCCGGCGUACGCCAACGGCAGAUCUACUGGCUGGUCGACCCAGCGCUCGGCCCUGCAUCCGCCACCACGACGACGCCGCCGACGUCGGCGUGCGAGCUGGUGGCGCUCGACUGCCGCAACGCCGUCGCGCGCCACCACUACGACGUCGUGCGGGGGCCGCCGAUGCCACCGUGCGGCCGCGUCUCCGUCCUCCGGCUCCACGGCGCGCUCUGCGUGGCGUGCUCGGACCGCGACGCGAACGCCAUAGACGUGUGGGCAAUGCAGCAGGGCGCCGGCACCGCCGUCUGGUCCAUGGUGUACCGCAUCGAGCUCGCCGGGUACUCGCCGGAGUACACGUCGGAGAAGACGACGGUGAUGGGCGUCGACCCGACGAGCGGGCGCAUCCUGCUCAACACGGAGCAGUCGCUGGGUUACUACGAUCCCAAGACGGGGGAGCUGGAGACGAUCUACCGUGUCAGAAGGAUGUACCAGGAGGCAAAUGAUGGCAGUGGUGCAUGGUACGAUGGGAGGUUCUGUGCGGUUGUCUGUGAAGAGAGCCUGUUUUGGUAUCCGGUCUGGAGGGAUUAUGCUCAGUAAGUCCAAGGGAAACAUGCAAUGACAAUGAGUUGUAAAUUAUCUUUUUCUUGAGUAAUUAGUCAAGCUUUCACUGACCAUUUGAGAUAGGUUUAGAAUCAGCAAUGAGCUAGGUAGAUGAGAAUGGACUUUUAAACUCUUCGAGAGGAUAACCUUGUAUAUAACCUUAUUUCUUAUAUGACAUCAAAUAGUUAUUUUAAAUAUUUAAACUUGCAUGUUUGUGAAAUAAUAUAUCAUAUUAAUCUAUCUUGUUAUUUUUUAAAAAAAUUAUAAUUAUUUAAAUAACAUGUAAAUAACAGGAGAGAAUAUCCUCUCCAGA